AUUCAUAAAUGUCAUGUUCUUUCUCUUGCUAGGGAGUGAGAGCAGCAAUUAACUGUCUACUGAUCCUUAUUUUUCACACAAAUCCUUAAAUUCAUUCAACAAAAACUCCCCACUCCUAUCUAUUCUCAAAUAUAUUAAUUUGUUUUUCUCCUUGCACUUUAAAUUUUUUGAAAUAUUCCAAUGUUUCAGACUUUGCAGCCAUAAAUUACACACACAAGUUCCUACUAAAGUCACUAGUUAAGGCGAUAAUAUAUCUUUUUACCUCCAUUGUGUGAUUGGACCAUAUAAAUCAACAUGUAGUAGUUGAAGCCUAUGUGUUUCCCUCCAGUUGCUCUUGUUGGAAAAUGGCCUUUUGUGUUAUUUCCCAAUUAGACAUGUAAAGCAGACUCCCGUUAUGAUAGUAACUUAGGUAGAUAUUGCACUAGGUUACUCUGUUGGGAUUGUAGGAUAGCUUGUGGGCUCAAAGUCCAUACCUUCAAUGUCAAAGUUAUAGAGAAGACUCAUUGACAUCUUUGGUGUAUAAACAUGUAAUGAUGUUGCUCAUGUCUCCUUGAAGAACAAACAUCCGAUUCUUCUGCAUUUUUUAUUUGCAAAAUAAUCAUUUUUCUCGAGAAAUACCUUACAAGAUCACCCUUUGAAAUAAAUCCAAACCUUUCUCCUGAAAUUGACCAACAUUAAGCAAGUUAGUGUUCAAUUAUGGAACAUAGUGGUCACAUCAAGUUUAGAAUGAUUUCCAUGUCUUACACUUCUUCUGGAACUUGAAUCCAUGUCUGUGAAAGAGUUAUUCGUUCCACACAUGUGAUUGUUGCAACCUUGAAUCCAAGAACCAAUAGUCUUCAUUCUUCUCCUUUUGCUCUUACAUAAAGAUCAUAAGUGACAUAUCUUCCUUCAUUUAUGGGUGUAUUGUGAUCAGUUGAAAGAUAGUUGACGUAGUUUGCUUGUUGAUUAUUGUGUCAUUUUGGACAUUAAUAUAUGAAGCGUCUCAAUUUAUAGCAUUUGUAGCACUGGACAUCUUCUAUAUGCCAACAUAUUCCUUGAAAGCCACGCGUUCAUUGUCCUUUACCUCCUUUUCAUCCAUUUUCAUAGCCCACUCUCAUAGUUGGAUCAUCCUCAACACCUUUUUCUUACUAUACUUUUGUUCAACAUAAUAAAUGAGCUUUGAAGGGCAUCAACCGAGAGCUAAAUAUCCUUAGAUUCUUACAAUUGAGCAUACCACAUAAUUGAACUUUUCUGUCAAUGUUCUAAGUAUGUUUUCCACAAUUUGAACAUCAUUCAGAUUCUCACCAUUGUUUCUCAUAGAGUCAGCCACUACGAUAACUCUUCCAAAAUAAUAAGUUUUUGGUGUCACAUUCUUUCAAGCAGCUCAAAAUUCUUUCUUAGGGGUUGUACUCGUGCAUUCUAACUCGAGAGCUACUUUGGAACUUGGUUUUCAAGGCAUCCCACAACUCCUUUCAUGUUCUCUUGUUGGUGAUGGUCUUAAGAAUUGAUAUGUCAAUUGAACUGAAAAUAUAAAAUUUAUCUUCCAUCAAAUCUUUUAGCCUUAUGACCUUCAAGCUCUUUGCUUGAACAAGUGAUAUUUCCCCAUUGGUUGUUAGGAACACAAGCUCAUUUGUUUCUACAUAAGAUCCCUUUUGCUCAGUUAUCCUUGAGGCUUCACUCACCUCUCAAUAUAGGAUCCUCACUUAUCACACUCGUGUUUCCCAAUACACAAAUCUACAAAUUAGACUUGCAAAUUUUCUAAAAUCACAAAACUACUGGUUUGUACUUUGCAGAGUUCUUAUACCACUUUGUGAACUCAACAAAUGUGGGCAAACUAACAAAAGUCUUAUGCUUGAAACAAAGGAACAUUAAAUAUAUUAGUUUAUUACUUUUUUCUUCAACUCUAAUCGUUCCCUCUAACCCCCUAUCUCUUGAUUUCUGCUACCAUGACUGAACUAACAAGGCUAACAAUCAUCCACUCUAACUUCAAGCUUCCUACUAACAUGAAAUAUUGAUGGACCUUUGACACAAAACAUAACUUCAAACUAAAAUAGUAUGACGUCACACAAUUUUGGUUAUUGUAUUCAAACAUAAACUUUUCCGCUUCUUGACUCCAAACAUCAGUCAACUUGGGUUAGAGCCUUCCUUCAUACUUCUCUUUAGUUGAUAGUAGCUCGUCUUGUGGCAAGAAUAAUUUUUAUUUGCAUACCAUGAAGAGGACAACUUCAUAUGACCAAAGGUUCAAACAUAAGAAUUUAUGAUGCUAUCCAAUUGCACGGGACCCAAAAAAUUAUGACAAUAAUCAUAAGCUUACUCACGAGCCUAUACAACAAUAAAACACUCAAACGCAAUAAAGAUCACUUAACGAAUGAACAAUGACAAAAAAGAAAGGAAUGUAUGAGAUUUUAAGAAAACAGACGGUCCAAACUUAUAUGAAUGAGAAGAAUGAUGUAUGUCAUACCAUGAGUAGGGAUAACAAUUAGAACGAGCCCAUUCAAGUAUAAUACCACUUCGACUUGGGCAGGAGUGGUGCGUGAAUUACUACUUCUGACCUGCCCUGCCCGUUCGUCCCAUUAUUGACUCAAAAUUUUUCAUUUUUCUUCAAUAUCUAUUUGUAUUUCUCAAUUUUUGAAAUUUUUCAAUCAUAUUCACCCAAGUAACUUUAAAUAGGUGUGAUACUAGAUCUUGACUAAUUUAAUUAUCACUAAUUUCAUUAAUAAAGUGUUUUCCUUUAUUUUCUCAUAAAAAUAUUUAUUUAUGUUUAUUUUCUUUAAAUAACAUGUGCAAAUGAACCCGCACGAAUAUUACUUGACAUGUCUCAUACUUGGAGCGAGAAGGAUAUGAGUAUUGAGAUGCCCACCCCGCCCCAGUUAUUUGUCAUCCCUAAUUAGAGGUGGGCAACGAUCCGAUUCACAUCGGGUCAAAUCGUACCCAAUCGAUGUUUGCCCAACUCGAUCGAAUAUGUUUGAUUUUAGUCCUGUGGAUUAUUUUAAGUAUGAAUAAAAAAUGGACCAAAAUUGAAUUUUUAGUUCAUAACCAAAUUGAAUUGUUCCGGUUCUGAUCCUCAAUUUUCCUUUAUUUUUGGUUAUGUUCUAUUUCAAUUCGAUUUGGGUCUUGACCGGUCAUCGAUACCCACCCCUAACCCUAAGUCUAACCAUGAGGCUCAUUCGCCAUCUCCAAACGACACCGGACCGUGCCAACCCUAAAACCCCCCCCCAUUGCUGACAUUUAGAAAAACCCCUAGCAAACCAGAUGGUAUAAAUACACCGUGAAAUAAAAACUCAGGGGAAAGCGGAAACCACCUGUCUUCGGCUGUUUCUUCUUCCUUCUCAAUGACCGGACGCCGUCCUCCCUUUCGGCCUCUCGGCCAACAGCCACCGCCACCAGGAGUUCCGCCGCCGCCGCAACCCCCUCCUAUGAAUGUCGAUCCUAAUUUCAACCUUCAGUUGCAGAAUAUGUAUUUCCAAUACUUAGCCAACACUCUUCUCCAGAACCUCCAGCUCCAGCAGAGCAUCGCUGCCCCUCCCCCUCUCAACCCUAAUUUUCCGGUUCCAAACUUUAAUCUGCCCAUUCAGAAUCCAGGUAUGUUCCCUCACCAGCAACUCCCUAGUAGCUCAGCUGCCCAGCUGCCGCAUUGCUCGCCUGCGCCGUCAUUGCCACCGCCGCCGCACCCCGGCGGUUCGGUUGACCAAAGGCACGAAGACCCAACCAGGGAACCGUCUAUGAAUAAACCUGCAACGGCCCCUUUUGAGAGAACCCAGCCCUUUGCAAUGAAACAUGAUAACCUAAGCAAGAAUAAGUCUAUUGAGAAAAUUGACCGGGCAGCGGAUAAGGCGAGGAAAGACCUUAUUGCUGCUGGGGAGGGCGUUACGUCAUGGAAGGUUUCCCAGGAAGUAUUGCUGGCAUUGCAGGUUGAUUCAUGGCAAUCUUUAGGGUUUAGGAUGCAGGAGAUACCGGCUCUGCACCGGCUCAUUCUCACUGAAGGGAAGGUAAAUGCAUUCAUCCACUGCUUUGUUGCAGUCUGGAGGAUGACCUCAUUGUAUGACCUAGAGGUGGCACUGUGCCAAAAUGAGGGUGUUGAGCAGUUUGAAGAUCUGGAUUUGGGACCGCUGUUGCAGCAUCCUCUCAUCUUACACUACUUUUCUGUCAAUUCUAAUGUCACUAAAGUGUUAAAGAUAACUAGGGAGGACAUACUUGCUGACCUUCAAGAGUUCAUGCAUUUCCAUACAAAGAAACAUAUAAAAGUUGAUGAAUUUCUAGAUUUCGUCUCUCAGAAGCGAUCUAUUGUGGAAAAAGAAAAGCUUGGAGUCCGUAUUCAGAACUUGGGGAUGUAUAUUUCUUUUAUCCGGGAUGCCAAGAGGUCUGAAGAUGAGGCAUUGAGGAUGGCGAGACGGAAAAUAGGUUUUGCAAGGAACACUGUUGGCACAAGUACAAAGCAGCCUCCUUCUAACGACCAUAAGAACCUGGAGGAGCGUUUUUCCACUAUAUGUCGUCGGGUUGAAACAUUUUCCUCUGUACAAAAUGUUUUCUGUGGGAAGCACAUUCGCUUUGGUUCAUCAAGCUCUGAGGAUGAAGAAAGUGACAUUGGUUCAAGUGAAGAUGAAAUGACACCAAAUAGGCACAACACUGAUAUGAAGAUACCAUUACAAGAUUUCAGUGGCUCCUUUCGUGUAAAUAGUUGUCCUUAUCCAUCUGCAACUGAGGAGAGGUCGCGACUGGGGUUGAAAGGUGAUGUUGCUUCCCAGUCUUCUCAUGAUGCUGAGAGAAAACACAGUGGGUUGGGAGAUUCUAAUAUACCGGAUGACGAUUCUGCUCUAUUAUCUGAUUGCUCCAUGAAAAAGUUCAUUGCGACAUGGAAGGGGGACUGUAAGGAGCACACUCUAGUCAAGGUCCUUGACAAGAUGCUUGAGUUUUAUGUCCCAGAAAACUCCAGGACAUUUGCUAGACGCAGGAAAAAAAUCAAGUCGACAAUUUUGUCUCAGCCUGCCAUUGGAUUGCUUAAUGUUGCUAUAUCAUCCAUGAAACUUGGAAUGUGGGAUAGCAUUUAUGACACUUUUCAAGGAAUUAAUCAACAAGGGAUGCAGGGGCAUGAGCGCAUUGAUGUUGAAGCAGAAGAAGAGCACACAUCUGUCGAUGUUGAAUUGGAUGGAGAACACGCACUUGUUAAGUCUGAGCUGAAUCAGCAAACCAUGAAAGGUGUAGCAGUUGAAGACAUUGUUGCAAAAAUUUCUACCUACUGCGAGCUUGAUCAUGAGCUCUCGCGCACCAGUAAGUCAAACUUGGAAAGUAGAUUUAUCUUUCUGCAGAAGCUUUGCUGUUGCGAGCGUUGGUUGGUUGACCAUUUUGGCAUUAAAGAAUUCAACACCCUCGGUCAUGGUGAGUUCUUUGUUUUCCUGGAGAAACACAUUUCCCUCUUACCGGCUGGAUUCCAGAAUCUCUUGGUUCAUGAACCAUGUAGAAGCCCUUCACUUGAGGUUCACAUUCUCCAGGAUCAGUUGAUUCUGUUAGUUGUGCAAGCUUCAAAUAAUUUGUGGGAGAAUGAAACCAUUACGACACAGAUGAUCUCUGCAAUGCUUGCAAGGCAAUUUCCUUCGUUCAGUGCCAAUGUUACUGGAGACUGCUCUAGUGAACGUUUUCUAGGUAUCGUGGAGAAACGUAAGAGUAACGUUAUCUCCAAGAGCAUUCUGUUUUCUGCAACAUUGUUGGGAUCUGAUCAUAUUGGUAGCCACUUGGGUCACAAUGAAAGUGGCAGAUUAGCAACCUCUGGCAGUGAGAAGAUGUCCCUUUUGUCUGUUACAUCCAAGGCUGCCAUUGACGUUCUACUUCAAGCUCCCAUGUUGUCUGAUUUGAAAUUGUGGUCUCACUGGGAUCUGAAGUUUGCUCCGUCUUUUGGCCCUCUCCAAGAUUUUUUGGUGAGUGAAGUAAAUACCAGAGAGCUGAUAUGUCUUGUCACCAGAGAUGGAAAAGUGAUUAGACUUAAUCAUGCUGCUACUGCUGACACGUUCUUGGAAGCUUUUGUUAGGGGAUCUCCUCUCCUAACUGCCACAGAACUUUUGUCUUUCUUCUCACUGACUGGUGGUGAGAAGCAUGUUCCUUUGUCCCUUCUCAAAUCCUAUGCGUGCAAUGCAUUUGGUGUCAUUCUGAAUGAUGCAUCAGACAGUAUGGGUGUUCAGGGAUAUGCAACGAACCAAGCGAUUGCUGUAAUGGGAUCAAAGGAUCCGAGCUUUCCACUAUCUGUUGCUUCAAGGUUUUUCCUUGACUGCAUUGGUUACGUGCCUGCAGAGUUUCGUGGUUUUGUAGCUGAUGUCUUGCUUGCUGGAAUGCAGUCUGUAACUUCUGAUGCCUCAUCAGCUAUUUUGCUCGAAUGCAGAGGAGUAGAACGUCUCAUGCUUCAUGAAAUAGGGCUAUCCAUUGACGUAGCAGAAUGGAUAAAGGACUACCAUGCAUUUUCUACUGAUUCCAAUUACUCAGCCAAAUUCUCUGGAUCGUUAUGUAUGGAUGUUUCCAUGUCCGAGUCAAGCACAAUACAGAGAUACAACCAAGAUGGAACUGAUGAAAGACCACUUGCUUCUUAUGGGGAUUUUUCAUGUGAUAAGGGAGGUACCGAUGGCAGUCUUACUGUAGGUGAGGCAGUGAUCACUAGUCACACAGGUUGGUCUGGAUUAGAGAAUAAUGAUAAGGAGAAGGAUGCAGCAUCCAUUGUUGACUCUAUUAGGAGAGAAGAAUUUGGUCUAGAUCCAAACCUUUCAAGCAUGGAGAGUGAUAUGUUGAGGAAACAGCAUGCUCGCUUGGGAAGAGCACUUCACUGCCUAUCACAGGAACUGUAUUCCCAAGACUCCCAUUUUCUUCUUGAGCUGGUUCAAAAUGCAGAUGAUAAUACCUAUCCAGACAACAUGGAACCGACCCUUGUGUUCAUCCUUCAGGAUUCAGGCAUUGUUGUCUUGAACAACGAGCAUGGAUUUUCUCCUCAAAACAUCAGAGCACUAUGUGAUGUUGGUAAUUCAACCAAGAAAGUAUCUGGUACUGGCUACAUAGGACAAAAGGGGAUUGGCUUCAAAUCUGUGUUUCGGGUUACAGAUGCUCCUGAGAUCCAUUCCAAUGGUUUCCACGUUAAAUUUGAUAUAAGUGGUGGACAAAUAGGGUUUGUUUUACCAACAAUUGUGCCUCCUUGCAAUGUUGAUUUCUAUAGCGGGUUGGUUUCUGGUGGCAGUGAACGCUGGAAUACUUGUAUCGUGCUUCCUUUUCGGUCAAAAUUAUCUGAAGAAACCACUAUGAGAAUGUUUUUGGAUCUUCAUCCUUCCUUACUACUCUUUCUUCACCGCCUCCAAUGCAUCACUUUCCGGAACAUGCUCAAUGACUCGCUUGUCACUAUGAGAAAACAAAUUGUGGGAGAUGGUAUAGUAAAUGUUACAUGGGGAGGAGAUAAAAUGACCUGGCUUGUAGCAUCUCAGAAGCUCCAGGCUCAUUCCAGCCGACCCAAAGUACAGACAACUGAAAUUGCGGCAGCAUUUACUCUUAAAGAGUCGGACAAUUGUGACUAUACCCCUUGUUUGGAUCAACAACCAGUUUUUGCGUUUCUUCCCUUGAGAGCUUAUGGGCUGAAAUUUAUUCUCCAAGGCGAUUUUAUUCUCACUUCGUCUAGAGAGGAAGUGGAUAGGAACAAUCCCUGGAACGAGUGGUUAUUGACAAGUUUCCCUGCAUUAUUUGUCUCUGCCGAGAGAUCAUUUUGUUCCCUCUCUUGUUUCAGGGACAAACCAGGCAAAGCUGUGACUGCUUAUAUGAGUUUUGUUCCACUUGUUGGAGAGGUGCAUGGGUUCUUUUCACGGCUCCCUAGGGCAAUUGCUCUGGAGUUAAGGAGGACGCCUUGCCUGUUCCUUGAGGGGGACACCUCGAAGAUGGUUUUGCCUAGCAAGGUGCUCAGAGGUUGGAAUGAAGAAGCUCGUAUUCUCCUACCUGAAUCCUUGCUGCAAGAGCACCUUGGCCUUGGAUUCUUAGACCACAACAUAGAAUUGUGCGACUCACUUGCAAGUACUUUGGGUAUUAUCGAAUAUGGACCUGAACUUCUGGUUAGAUUCCUGACUUGCUUAUGUCCCACAGGAAAUGGACUGCAGUCCAUGGAAGUGGGGUGGUUCUCGUUGCUGUUAGAUGCUCUCUAUCAAAUGCUACCAAAUUCUUCUGCGGAAGGUGCUCUUCUGCACAGCCUUCGGGCUCUUCCAUUUAUUCCUCUGUCAGAUGGUACGUACAGCUGCACUGCUGCAGGCACAAUUUGGUUUCAUUCUGAUGUUUUGAGCUCAGGCCAUGGGCUUGAGGCUUUCCCGAAGUUGUAUGCUGAGCUUCGGAUUGCAAAUCCUGUCAUCCUUUCUGCACCAGCUGCUGAUGGAGCUUCUUCACAGAACAUUGUGUUAAUGCUACAGAAACUUGGCGUUCAACCAUUGUCUGCCCAUGAAAUCAUGAAGGUGCAUAUUAUAGAUGCUCUAUCCGAUUUUAGCAGGGACAGACACUCAAUGAUAGACUAUCUUUGUUUUGUGAUGAUCCACUUGCAAUCAAGUUGCCAUAUAUGUCAUAGUGAAAGGAAAUCAAUUAUGUCUGAUUUGAGAUGUAAGGCAUAUCUUCUGACAAAUAAUGGAUUCAAACGGUCAAGUGAUACCCCAAUUCAUUUUAGUAAAGACUUUGGGAAUCCUAUCGAUGGAAGAAAAUUUAGUAAUGUUCUGGGGAUGGAAUGGCAAGAAGUUGAUGUUACCUAUUUGACCCAUCCAUCAAAUGGGUCACUUCCUGGUGCACUGACAAAAUGGAGGGAGUUUCUCAUGGAGAUCGGCAUUACGGACUUUGUUCAAGUUUGUCAAACGAACAGGAAAAUUGGUGAUUUAUCUGGUCCAUCAAUUAAAGAAUUGAUGAGCGAUGUUAAGCUGAUUUCUCCAGAGUUUAUUGCCAAAGAUUGGGAAUCAAAGGAGCUGGUGCAGUUACUGUUUCUUUUGUCAACCAAUGGUGAUGUACAGUGCUGUAAGUAUCUCCUGGAGAUUCUUGAUAAAUUAUGGGAUGAUAGCUUCAGUGAUAAAGUAACUGCAUACUGCAACGGUAAUACUAGUGACAAUUCUAGACCUUUCAAGUCUUCCUUUAUAAGCAGCCUCCAUGAUGCUCGGUGGGUUGUCUCGAGCAUGGAUAAUGAGCUUCACUACCCUAAGGACCUCUUCUGUGAUUGUGACACCGUACGGUCAAUUUUGGGCCCUUUCGCCCCAUAUGCUAUUCCAAAGGUAAACAGUAGUAAGUUACUGGCAGAUAUUGGCUUUAAGACCAAAGUCUCUCUGGAUGAUGCAUUGGAAACUGUAGCAUUAUGGAGAAAAUCAAAUACUAAUUUCAAGGCCAGCAUAGCACAAAUGUCCCUGUUCUACACAUUUCUCUCUGAAGAAUUGGCUAUCUCUAAGAAGAAUAUUCCGGAGGCAUUUGGCUCUGAACCCUUUAUUUUUGUUCCCUCCAAAACUGCAACAAGGCAUGGCAAUCUGGUGCGAGGUGCUUUUUCACAUCCUGAAGAAGUUUAUUGGGAUGAUCCGACAGGCUCUUUUCACGAAAUGAAGCUCCGCCAUCAACGGAGCUCGUCUUCAAUUACUCGUGAGCCAUUGAAUAAGGCACUGUGUAAUGUUUAUCCAGGCCUUCAUGACUUUUUUGUUAGCCAGUGUGGUGUACGUGAAAGCCCUUCUUUGUGUGGCUAUCUUGAUAUCUUGAGGCAAUUAACAGCUCUUGCACCACCUUCUGAAGCUGCUAGUGCAGUUUUAAAAGUCUUCUUGAAGUGGAACAGUGAAUUCAAAUAUGGUUUGUUAAGUUCUGAGGAUCUGAUUCACUUGAAAGAAUGUCUCAUGAAACUUGAAUAUGCUAUACUUCCUACUGCACCAGAUAAGUGGAUGUCCUUGCAUCCCUCUUUUGGUCUUUUGUGCUGGUGUGAUAAUACAGAGCUAAGUAGCGACUUCAAACAUCUGGACAAUAUCAAUUUCCUGUACUUCGAUACCCUCAACGACAAGGACAAGGAGAUACUUCGUAAUCAAAUGUCACAAUUCUUUAAAGAAUUGGGGAUACCUGCUCUCUCGGAGGUUAUUACUCGCCAGGCAAUAUACUAUGGUCCAUCAGACUCUAGCUUCAAAUCUUCUCUGGUUGAUUGGGCCCUUCCUUAUGCUCAGCGCUACAUGCAUGGCAUUCAUGCCACGAAAUAUAACCAACUCAAGCAAAAUGGUUUUGAAACUGUGAAGAAGCUAGAAAUCAUUGUGGUUGAGAAGCUGUUUUACAAAAAUGUCAUAAGAAGUUGUGGCAAAUCAUCUCGGAGCCGAUAUGAAUGUAGUUGUCUUCUACAGGAUGAAACUCUGUACUCAACAGUAGCAGCAGAUCCCCAUGCAUUAUUCCUGGAGCUUAGUCGUUUAUUCUUUAAUGGUUUUCCAGAUCUGCACUUAGCAAAUUUUCUUCAUAUGGUCACAACCAUGGCUGAAUCUGGCUCUACAGUGGAGCAAACGGAGUUCUUCAUCUUGAACAGUCAGAAGAUAUCAAAGCUGCCUGAUGAAGAAGCUCCCUGGUCACUCUCCUCCGCUCCUGCUUCAAUAGGGAGUGGUGAAUCCCUGACAACAGAUAUUGUUUCUAUGUCAACGGAUGGUGAGGAUAAAUGCUUGGUACCGAGUGAAGUUUCAGCACUAGAAACUGGAUCAAAAUCAUCGAGAUACCAGAUAAAAGCUGGAUUCGGAUUGAGCUGGCCUCCUGCAGAUUGGAAAACUGCACCUCGUUUUGAUCCUCACGCAAGGGACCUCACAACUCAGGCGUCUACAUCUUUUGGCUUAGCUAAGGACCCGUUUAAUGAUGACGUGAAACAGAUGGAAUGUACAAAUAAUGGCGAAUGGACCAUUAGAGAGGAUCCAGGAACAUUGCCUACUCCUGCCUGUGAAUCUACAGACAAUCAUAUGGGCAUUGCUCGUGAACAAACCCAUCCGGCGUAUGGGACAGCUGAUCCUGCAAGGUUCAGUAUCAUGCCUGAUCGCCCCGAGCCAAUGAUGUCACUUGCAUUUCCCAAGAGAGAACAGUUUAAUAUCACUGCAGGAGGUAGUAAUGAGCAUACAGCAGCGACGGGGAGAUUGGGCGAGGAGCUCGCUUUCAGAUACUUGAAAGCGAAAUACGGGGAGGAAGCUGUGAGGUGGGUUAAUGAACAGAAAGAGACCGGGUUACCCUACGAUAUACGAACAGUUGGCAAAGAGCACGGUGGGCAGUAUUUCGAAGUGAAAGCCACAGAAUCUGUGCGUAAAGACUGGUUCUUCAUAUCAGGAAGAGAGUGGCAAAUGGCAGCUGAGAAAGGUGAUGCCUAUACCAUUGUCCAUGUGCUGUUGGGGAAUCACAAUGCGAAGGUCAGUCUGUUCAGGAAUCCGGUGAAACUGUGCCAGCAAGGAAACCUCCGGUUGAUUGUUGUGAUGCCAAACCAAUUGCCGCAGACGUAAUUGGGACUUCUUCCUUGUUUGUUUGUAUGUAUAAAAGGAAGAAAUAUUUGUGUUAUUGAAAUUUACAAUAAAAAAUAUUCAAAUUUGUUGGAUUAUUACUAUAAAAUUAGUCAUUCUCCAUUCUGUUUAUCACAACGGUGUGCAAGGAUUGGACCAAACCAUGGAAGCCGCGUUCCAAAGUAAAUGAAAUUUAAGAAUGAGAGUCGCACCAUCAAUGUAUGUUAAGAUAUCGACUAACGUUCACUUUUCUUCAAUAUUAAAGGAUGGAAUUCAUA